AGUGAUCAGUAGUGGUGAAAAUCUCUCAGGCAGCGCUGCGGUUCAGUUCGCUGGAACUUCAGGAACUUCAGGUGUUCACUCCUCGGAUGAAGGCGCCGAGUGUCCGCGCGCUCGUGCUCGUGCUCUGCGUGCUCGCCUACCUGCUGGCGGGAGCCGCCGUGUUCGAGGCGCUCGAGGCGGAGAGCGAGCGCUACGGGGGGCGCAGGGUGGAGCGGAGAUGCGCUGAGAUGAGGCAGAAGUACGGAUUUACGGAGGAGGAUUACCGCGCGCUGGAGCGCGUGCUGCUCCGGUCCAGCCCUCACCGAGCCGGGCGGCAGUGGAGCUUCCCCGGCUCCUUCUAUUUCUCCCUCACCGUCAUUACCACCAUAGGUUAUGGCCAUUCAUAUCCUCGAACAGAAGCUGGGAAAGUCUUCUGCAUGCUCUAUGCUCUCCUGGGCAUUCCGCUAACUCUUGUCAUGUUCCAGAGCACUGGUGAACGCAUGAACAUGCUCUUCCGCUCUGUGAUGGACAGAACAGGCCGGUGCCUAGGUCUGCUUAAGACUGACGUAUCCAUGUGGCACAUGGUUUUCGUGGGCUUCCUGACCUGCUUGAGUACACUGUGUGUGGGGGCAGCAGCCUUCUCGCAUUUUGAGGGCUGGAGCUUUUUCCAUUCCUGUUAUUAUUGCUUCAUCACCCUCACCACCAUUGGGUUCGGGGACUUCGUCGCUCUGCAGAAGAAGGGAGAUCUGGAGCAGAAGCUCCUGUACGUGGUCUUCACCUUCACGUACAUCCUCGUUGGGUUGAGCGUGAUUGGUGCGUUCAUGAACCUCGUGGUGCUGCGGUUCCUCACCGUAAGUUCUGGGGAAGACACCAACAGUGAUGUAGUGAGUGGUCAAGAGAAGGUCCAAGCGGAACCUCAGAGAGGAGCCCAUCUGAUGCCGAUCAUGGCUAGUGUGGAGAAUGAACACAGCAGCCACAGCACCAUCUCCCUGCCAAUGGCCGGAGGAAACAGCUGCACCAACCUCAUCGCCUCUUAUUGCGAAGAACGUAUUGACUUCAAUAUGAGAACCAGACCUUCCAAACUUCCUCGGUUUCGGCUCAGCUCGCUCUGUUCCUGGAUCUGUUAUGGACUGAAGGCCUGUGAUAGCUUCAGUUUUAAAACAUCAGUAUCUGAAAACAAUGAAUGCCAUUCAAAUCCAGUCUUCUACAACUCUGUCUCCUACAGGGUAGACCGGUCAUCAUACUGUGGGUCUGGAGGCAGCUCAGCUCUGAGUUCUCGUAACGGACUUCUGAUUCCUGAUUGUGAUAAUAGAUAUUUUACAAGAAGAAAAUCUGUAUAAAGUAAAAACAAAUAAUAAAGUU